AUGGCCCCAAAAGCGAAAGCCAGGCGAAUCUUGGUCAAGCUCGUAUCCACCGCCCUUACGGGCUCAUUCUACACCACAUCCAGAGUCAGGGUUGGUGACAAGCUCGCAAAGAUCAAGUAUGAUCCCAUCGUGAAGAAACACGUCCUCUUUACCGAAGCAAAGAUCAAAUAG